ACAAGACUUACCGUUGGGACGCCAAUAAAUCUGUUGGCUGUCUCCAAACAGAGAGGUGCUACGCAUAUAUUGUCGAAUUUCGGCAACAAACGAAACUAUUUCACGGUAUAAAUACCAAUGCGUGUAUGAACGUAGAGCAUUCAUUUGUCUGAUUCCAACAAGCGAUUACCUGGAACUUAUUAUAAAAAUGUUCAAAUCUCUCAUCUUCUUGGCUGUCAUCGGGCUCAGCGUAGCUGCCAUUCCGCGUCGUCCCGUCCAUAGCCUAAGCAGCGGUGGUCGAUUCGGCAGUAGCAGCAGCAGCAGCUCCCAUGCAAGUGGCGAUGAAGCUCACGCAGAAAUAAAGGCCAUGCGCUCCGAUGUACGUCCGGAUGGUUUCGAGUAUGCAUUGGAGACCAGCAAUGGCAUUCAAUCUUCGCAGUCGGGUGAUGUGAACGGCAAUGUACAUGGCGAUUUCCAAUGGGUUUCACCUGAAGGUGAACAUGUGCAAAUCUCCUACAUUGCCGAUGAGAACGGCUAUCAGCCUAAGAGUGAUCUUCUGCCAACUCCGCCACCAAUUCCGGAGGCCAUUCUCAGAGCGCUCGAAUACAUACGCACUCAUCCACCGAAAGAGGAACCAGAGCGCCGCAUUUCAGCUCCUUCCACUUCCUAUAAGGCACCCAAGAAGCCCACUCCUCGUCGCAAAUAUUAAGUGAGCGGUGCAAAGCACAAAAUGGUUAGCUCGUAUGCUCGAAGUAUUUGUAUUAUUCUUGUGUUUGUGCAAAAAGAACAUUUUUUUUUUUGUAAAAAAAUAUAUAUCUUUUUUAAGUCAAACUAC